CGCCGGCGGCUGUGACGCGAUCGGCGGGCGCGGCGGGCGCGCGGGCCGGGCCGGACAUGGCGAGCAUCACGCAGCUGCUGGACGAGCUGUGCGAGGCCGCCCUGCCGCCCGCCCGGAGCGGGGUGAGCCGCGCGCGGGCCAAGCGGAGGCUGAAGCGGGCGGCCUACGGCGCGCUCCUCGCUGGCCUCUUCCGCGACGAGGCGCGCCCGCUGCCCGCGCCCGCCGCGCUGCCCGCGAGGAACAGGUUGCUCAUGCUGUCGUUCGAGCUGCGCGUGGGCGGCCUGGGCGCGCGCGCCGACCGCCUGGAGGAGCUGCUGGCGCGGCUGGGGCCGGCGGCCGAGGGGCACGGCGCGCUGGACCUGCUGGUGCGCCUGGCCGGCAGCGGCCCCCCGCAGGCGCUGCCCGCGGCGCGGGGCGGCUGGGCGCUCGGCGAGCCCGCGGGCCGCCGCCUGCCGCACGCCGGCUACGCCUGCUGCGCCCUGAGCGCGGCCGAGAGGGACGCCUGGGCGCUGCUGGCCGGCGAGGAGCGUGUGUGCCGCAGCAUGGUGCAGGAGAUGCUGCGGACCAUGGAGGCCGCCCCGGGCACCGGCCUGCGCACCGCGGGGCCUGGCGCCUUCGGGGACGCGGCUGGAGACCGAUUGCACAGGGACGCGCGCGACAUGGACGUCCGCCUGGACCUGCCUCCCGUGCCGGACAGCGCAGACCUGUCUGGACUGGCCAUUAAGGUCCCGCCAAGCCUGGACCCAUGGGAGGAUGAAGGCUUCCAGUCGGCGUCCAACCUGACUCCAGAUUCCCAGUCUGAGCCCAGCGUGAGCCCAGACGUGGACCUGUGGGAAGCUGCGCUCACCUACGAACCCAGCCGGCGGAGGUGCUGGGAGCGGAUUGGGUGGCCCCCUGGCCACCAAGAGGAGCCCUACCUCACUGAGGCGGGAAGGGACGCCUUUGACAGGUUCUGCCGGCUCCGCCAGGGGGCGCUGCAGGUGCUCAGCGGGGGUCUGCCGCAUGCGCCAUCCCCUGUGCAGGUGGAGGAGCCUGAGCUGGUGAAGGACGUGCUCAACAUCCUGAUUGGGGUUGUGUCCGCCACCUUCUCCCUGUGCCAGCUCACACAGGCCUUUGUGGUGAGGCGUGGCAUCCAUGUGUCGGGAGCGUCCCCUGAGAGCGUCAGCAGCCUCCUCUCAGAGGUGGCCGAGUAUGGAACUUACUACAUGCGCCUGAGCCACUUCUCGCUGCAGCCCGUCUCCGACUCCUUGUACAGCAAGGGCCUCGUAUUCCAGGCCUUCAGCAGCGGCCUCCGGCGGUACCUGCAGUACUACCGGGCCUGCGCCCUCUCCACGCCGCCCACCCUCAGCCUGCUCACCAUCGGCUUUCUUUUCAAGAAGCUGGGCCGGCAGCUCAGGUACCUGGCUGAGCUCUGUGGUGUGGGCACUGCACUGCCAGGGACCAACGGAGGAGGGCCCAGGGCUGCGUUCCCAACUGGUGUGAAGCUGCUGUCCUACCUGUACCAGGAGGCCCUGGACAACUGCAGCAACGAGCACUACCCCGUGCUGCUGUCCCUGCUCAAGACCAGCUGCGAGCCCUACACACGCUUCAUUCAUGACUGGGUGUACAGUGGAGUCUUCAGGGACUUCUACGGGGAGUUCAUGAUCCAGGUGAACCAGGAUUACCUCGGAUGCAGAGACAAGUUGUACUGGAGCCACGGCUACGUGCUCCUCUCGAGGGAGGUGGAGGAGUGUGUACCUGUGUUCCUGAGGCACAUCGCCCACGACGUGUAUGUGUGUGGGAAGACGGUCAACCUGUUGAGACUCUGCUGCCCACAGCACUACCUGUGCUGGUCCAGCAUCCCAGUGCCUCGGAUCUCAGUCAUCUUCUCCCUGGAGGAGCUGAAGGAGAUCGAGAAGGACUGUGCCGUGUAUGUGGGGCGCAUGGAGAGGGUGGCCCGGCACAGUUCCAUCAGCAAGGAGGAGAAGGAAUUACGCAUGGAAAUUGCGAGGCAAGAACUGAUUGUCCAUGCCCGGGAAGCGGCUUCCCGGGUGCUGAGCGAGCUGAGCGAUCAGCAGCUGUCGGAGCAGAAGGCCUUGGAUGCCCAGAAGCGAGAGCAGUUCCAGAAGCUGAAAGAGCAAUUUGAGAGGGAGCAGGAGAGGCGCCUGGCGGCCCGACAGGAGGAGCUGGACGACGACUUCAGCUACGCCCGUGAGCUCCGCGACAGGGAGAAGCGGCUGCGGGCCCUGGAGGAGGAGCAGGAGAGGAAGGCCAGACAGGCGCUGGAGGACCGUUACAGCCGGCUCUCUGCUGAGGCAGCACGGCGCGAGCAGAAGGCGCUGUGGCGAACCCAGAGACAGCGGCUGGGGGAGGCGCGGCUUCGCUUCCUCCUGGAAGACGAGAGACAUAUCCAGGCAUUGCUGGACACGGUGUCUGAGACAUGCACAUCUCCGGUGCCACCUGGGGUGGACCCACCGCACUCCCAGGUCACGUCGACAGGCUGUGAGCACCCACCAUCCCCCAGCUGUGACUCUGGACCCUCCUCGGCCAGCCUCAGUCUGGGCCAGUGUGUGCCUAUGCUGCUCCCUGUCCAGGCCCCGGAAGUGGGGGCUGAAACCUCGGCCGGCCUCAGUCUGGGAGACUUCCUGCCCUCCAGCUCUGAGGGGCAGCAGCCUUCCCACACUGUUGUGGCACCUCUGCUGGAAGAAGCUCUGCAGACCGUCAGCUCCACCAUGCUGUCCCAAGUCUCUGGGGAGACCCCUGCCCUGGCCAGAAUACAAACCUGCCUCACCAGAUCCGACGCCAGCAUCAGGGUUGGGGAGAACGUGUCAGACGUGGCUCCCGCCCGGCCCCGGUGGAGUGUCCACGGGCACGUGUCCGACGCCAGCAUCAGGGUUGGGGAGAACAUAUCGGACGUGGCCCCCGCCCGGCCCCGGUGGAGUGUCCACGGGCACAUGUCCGACGCCAGCAUCAGGGUUGGGGAGAACAUAUCGGACGUGGCCCCCGCCCGGCCCCGGUGGAGUGUCCACGGGCACGUGUCCGACGCCAGCAUCAGGGUUGGGGAGAAUGUGUCGGACGUGGCCCCCGCCCGGCCUCGGUGGAAUGUUCACGGGCACGUGUCCGACGCCAGCAUCAGGGUUGGGGAGAACAUAUCAGACGUGGCCCCCGCCCGGCCUCGGUGGAGUGUCCACGGGCACGUGUCCGACGCCAGCAUCAGGGUUGGGGAGAAUGUGUCGGACGUGGCCCCCGCCCGGCCUCGGUGGAAUGUCCACGGGCACGUGUCCGACGCCAGCAUUAGACUGGGGGAGGAUGUGUCGGACGUGGCCCCCACCCGGCCUCGGUGGAGCGUCCACGGGCAGCCCCCUCAGUUGCACCUGAUGCUGGGAGGGCCCUCCCCAGAAACCAAGGCCAGCACACCUAGUCCCAGCCCCCCUGCGUUGCAGUCAGACCUCAGCCUGGAUGGUGAGCUGCAUUCCUGUGAGGGGGCUCUGCCCGCUGUCUGCCCCUUGGGUCCAGGCAGUGGGGAGAGUACCACAGCUGGGCUGGAUGCCCCCCAAGAUGGUGACUUCGGGGAGGCGCCAGGUCAGGGUCCCAGGAGGGGGGACACUGAAGACACCUCCCCACCUCUGCCCCUGAACUCACAGGAAAGCUCAGCUGCCCAGAGCAGCCCGGGCCUGGUGGAGGCGGAGGCGGAGGCAGAGGCAGAGGCCCGGCGCCGCGACUGGGAGCAGGCCUACCUGGCAGGCCUGGCCAGCCAGUACCACCCAGAGCACUACCCCGACAACUACGAGGCCAUGUCAGAGGCGCCUGCCGCACACUUGAUCCGUCAGCUGCGUCCCCGGGCCUCUGCCUUCCCGGUGGACCCCCAGGUGCAGUCGGCCACAGAUGAGGCCGCCGUGCAGCUGAGCGAGCUGCUGACGCUGCCCGUGCUCAUGAACCGCUCCCUUUCGGCCCCACUGGCCGCCCACAUCUCCCUGGUGAACAAGGCCGUGGUUGACUACUUCUUUGUGGAGCUGCAGCUCGAGGCGCACUUUGAGGCGCUGCGGCACUUCCUGCUAAUGGAGGACGGCGAGUUCGCCCAGUCCCUCAGUGACCUGCUGUUUGAGAAGCUAGGGGCCGGGCAGAGUCCUGGGGAACUCCUCAGCCCGCUCUUCCUCCACACCGUGCUCAGCAAGGCGCUGCAGUGCAGCCUGCACGGGGACUCGCCGCUCGCUGCCAACCUCUCCUUCGCCCUCAAGCACCUGCCCGAGGCCUUCGCCCCGAACGCCCCUGACGUGCUAAGCUGCCUGGAGCUCAGAUACAAGGUGGACUGGCCCCUCAACAUCGUCAUCACCGACGGCUGUCUGAGCAGGUACGGCGCCAUCUUUUCCUUCCUGCUGCAGCUGAAGCUCAUGAUGUGGACGCUCAAGGACAUCUGCUUCCACCUCAAGCGCACGGCCCUGCUGAGCCACAUGGCGCACUCGGUGCAGUUCCGCCAGCUGCAGCUGUUCAAGCAUGAGAUGCAGCACUUCGUGAAGGUCACCCAGGGCUACAUUGCCAACCAGAUCCUGCACGUGACCUGGUGCGAGUUCAGGGCCAGGCUGGCCACCGUGGGCGACCUGGAAGAGAUCCAGCGGGCCCAUGCCGAGUACCUGCACAAGGCUGUCUUCAGGGGUCUGCUGACCGAGAAGGCUGCCCCGGUGAUGAACAUCAUCCACAGCGUUUUCAGCCUUGUGCGGAAAUUCCGCAGCCAGCUCAUCUCCCAGCCCUGGGGCCCGGCCGGCGGCCCCCGCGGCUCCGAGCACCCCAACUUCGCCCUCAUGCAGCAGUCCUACCAUGCCUUCAAGUACUAUUCCCACUUUCUCUUCAAAGUGGUGACCAAGCUGGUGAACCGCGGCUACCAGCCACAUCUGGAGGACUUUCUGCUGCGCAUCAACUUCAACCACUACUACCAGGACGCCUAAAGCCCACGGCCCAGGACGCACCUGUACACACGCACCCAGUCGGCCCAGUGGCGGCUGUUGCUGGCCUGCAGGUCUGCUGGACUUAGCUGCUCCAGCCGGGCCCGCUGCUCCAUGCGCUCCAGCUCACGCGUGACACUGGCCUGCCC